UUUUCAGCUUGUGUAUAUGUAUAUGUGUGACCAAUUGUAUUAUACCAAUAACUUUAUUUGUCAUCUUAUAUAUCAUCUUAUUGUAAAUCGUAGGCAUUAACGCCCUAGCAGAUAUCACUGUACGUAAACACUGUACAUCGAAAAUGCGAAAACAUUAUUGUUAUUUGACAAAUGACUUUCAAAGAAUGUUUUUAUUUACGUUCGUUUGAAAAAUUCUUCUCUAGAACGACUAAUCAACUUUCAGUUACUAGCAUAAUAUUCAAUGCUUCGCAUCGUGUAACCAAAAGUUUUCAGAGUCUCUCUGUGAAGUCAGUAAAGUGAAACAAAGAGUUUUGUAUUAUAAUAUUUUUAAAUAUAAAAAAACUCGUCAUCCGAAUACAAAAUGAGAAAGAAAAGGAUCUUUCUUUCGCAAAAACAGCGCAUUGAAGUUCAGCAGAAAUUAAAAAGAGGUAUCUCGAUAGGUAAAAUUAUGGAUUUUUAUGGAAUUGGUGAGAAGACUGUUCACAAUAUAAAAAAACAGAAAAUACCAAUGAAGCAAGGAAUAAAUAUGAAAAGAAAGAGUAUUCGGCCUUUCAAGUAUAUAGAAUUGGACAGACAAUUGUUUAAAUGGUAUCAAGAUCGGAAAACAUCGGGGGACACAAUUAACUAUGAGCUACUUAAAAAACAAGCGAAAAAAAUCAAAAAUAAUAUUGGAGAAUCACCCACUGCAAAAUCUUUUUAUCCAUGGUUGUAUCAUUUUAUAAAAUAUCACGAGAUUCAACUAGAGUUCGAGGUUAAUGCUUUCCAUAAAGAAGUGGAUGUAGCAUUAAUUAAUUGGUUGCUACUACAGAUAAUAUCAGGAGAUACAAUUUCAGAUAUAAUGCUUAUAGAUAAAACAGAGGAACUUAUGAAGGAAUUUGGUGGACCAUUAACAUCUGAAAGAAAAUACAAAUGGCUGGAGAAAUUUAAAAUAUGUCAUAAGAUUUUGAUAAAAUCUGACAUUUUGCAAAAUUUCGUUGAAAGAAAUGAUGAGACCAAUCAAUCUAAUAAAAAUUUGGAUGAUCAAUUACUUAAUUGGUUGCUAGAGCGGAAGAAAUCGGGAGAUACAAUUUCAUUAGAGAUGCUUGCAGAUAAAACAUGGAAACUUAUAGACGAGUUCGAUGGACCAUCAAAAAAAAGGGAAGAAAAAAACUGGCUGUGGAGAAUUAAGAAACGUUAUCAUCUGCCAGACUUUCGAAAGAUGCCAGAGAUUUUGCAAAACGUUAUCCAAAGAGAUGAUGAGGCUAAUCAUUUUAAUGCGGAAAAAUUUAUUCAAGAAUUCAGUCAGCGGUUAGAGAAGGAAAAUAUUGAUAAAGAAAAUAUUUAUAAUAUGAUCGAAACAGCCGACAUAUGGAAACGUUUUGUUCAAACCUUACUAGCACACGCAGACAAAACAAAAAUUGCUGAAAAACACAUUGACAUUGAAAAAUUAAAGAGCAAUCCUUUAACUAUUAUAUUUUGCACAAAUGUUACUGGUAGUAACAAACUACCACCCUUUUCACUAGAACAUAAAAAUGAAUAUGAAAAUCAAACAAUGUCAGAACAUUGCGAGAGCAGAUUGCUUGUCACUCAUAAAUUACAAGAAAAUGCCUCAACACGAGAAUCGAAAGAUUUCGCAUUUUGGUACAAAUAUUUAUUUAAGUUACAUGUGAAAUAUCACCAAGAAAAAAAAAAUGUAACAGGCAAAGUACUUUUACUUGUUGACAAUUGCAUGCAACGAAUUUUCUCGGAAAAUAUUACGCAAGAUAAAGAUUUCGAAAUACUAUUUCUUCCGACAAACGCAGUCUCAUUUUUUGAAUCACUGUAUCCAAAACUUAUUGCGGAAAUUGAUAAAAUUUUUCAAGAUUAUGUUAUAAACUUAUUUGAAAAGAAAUCCUUUUGUGAAGCUAAAGAAUUCAACAGAGAUUAUAAUAUAGAUUAUUGUAUAACUAGCAUUUGCAAACCAUGGAAACUCAUCGCGCCUGAAAAUAUAGAAAAGUUAUGGAGAAUAUUUUUACGACAAGAUCGUCAAAUACAAGAAGAUACUCCGACAUUAACUUCUGCUAGUUCACAGGAUUAAUUAAUUGUAUAAUAAGAAAAGAUACGGUUUCUAAAAAAAUUUUGAUAAUGCAAGUUUCUUGCGCUGAGGCUGAAAGAGAAGAACGAUAAGAACAAAAGAAAAAUACUGAAAAUCUGAAGGAAAACAGAACGAGAGGAUACUCAAGAAUAUUUUAGGCCAAUUUUUAAGAGCUAAUUAUUGAUAUAAUAGAGGAAGAUUUCAGACAAUGGCUUCAAACGAAGUAUCAAACGACGUACUCAACUCUGAGGGAAAAAUCGAAGAAGAAAAAUUUUAAGAAUUGCAGAAACAUUGUACUUUUGUAUAUAAAGUUCGUAUUGUGUUAUCUUGAUGUUCAUUUGUUAAUACACGCAUACAAUUUCGUAUAGCCAAGAUAAUGUUACAAUUCUCGUUAUAACAUACAUGAUAUGUUGAUAAAUUUUUCGAAGUAUCGAGGUUUCAAAAGAGACCAUAAUUCCUCAAAAUAUUUAAAUUACUGAACUAUCUAUUCGGAACAACGAUUAGAAAUUACUUUUUUCAUCAUAAUUUUGCGCGUAAUGAGGGAUGCAGUGCCUGGGAGUUUCGGAAUUUCCUGAAAUAUACUUAGAAAUCUCUUGAAGAAAGAAUUUUUGAAGAAAACUGGACCCAUGUUCGGAAAUGCAACUGAUGAAAUCGAAAUGUGGAUGGAACGAGAUCGCAGAAAUUCAAGAUGAUGCAGUCACAUUUAAAGGCAGCAGGAA